AUGGUCGCCAAAGACAACAAGGAUGCCAAGAUCAUCGAGCUCUUGGAGUCCAUAAAACAUAAACCGUCUGGCGAGAACUACGAGCGCAUGGUCUCGGGCAUGAUGUAUAACCCCCUCGACCCGAUCCUCGACCGAGGCCGCCACCGAGCCCGCUGCCUCACGCGCGACUUCAAUGAGAUUGACUACCGCCAGAACACCUCUCAGGAGGUGGCCAAGAAGAAGAAGGAGAUUCUGCACCAGCUUCUGGGCAAAUUCGGCGAGCGGUCGUUCGUCGAGGGUCCUUUGUUGGUCGACUACGGCUGCAACAUCAUCUUUGGCUCCAGGGUCUUUGCCAACUUCAAUCUGACCAUUCUCGACAUCAGUCUUGUCACCAUUGGCGACCAUGUUCUCAUCGGACCUAACGUGAGCAUCUACACUGCAGUCCACGAGACUAGCAUGCUUUCCCGAUCGAACGGCGAGCAGUAUGGUCUGCCGGUGACCAUUGAAAACGAUUGUUGGAUUGGUGGCGGUUCAAUCAUCUUGGCUGGUGUCACCAUUGGAUCGGGCACGACUGUUGGUGCUGGCUCUGUCGUGACAAAGAGCUUGCCGCCUCAUUCGGUGGCGGUGGGCAACCCUGCCAGGGUCAUCAAGAAUGUGCAAACACUCGAGGAGGAGAAGGCGAGUCUGAACCAAAACAUCAAAGAUUAA